AUGUGUUGGUUAAUAUCACUUAUUUUUUUGGUGUCUCUUUACGUUUGCAAUUCACAAGUCCCGCCAUCUCCAUUUGGAAAUCCGAGUGAUAUUUGUCCGCAAGCGAAUAAUUAUACAUAUGAGGUCGAUGGAUUCGUAGGAACGCCAUAUAUCUUGAAACCAUUUCAGAACAAUUUUGUAAAUCCACCGAUUAUUUCUCCAUCAUCUAAAGUAUGUCGUACAGAUGGACAUUGUAUGUUUUCUUAUACAGUUGAUGUUAUUGAUACCACAGCAAGACCCUUUGAUCAAAGUGUGCCUGCAUGUGUAAAUAAACCAGCAACAAAAUUUUUAAGUUAUAACAACAAAAUACCAGGACCAACAUUUAUUGUUCCUUCAGGACAUGAAUCUAUUGUACGAUUCAACAAUAAAAUCGGUAACUUAUUCCCAGAAUGUUUUAGUCCCUGUAUUGGAAAUAGAACAGGAAGACCGUUUAGUGUUCAUCAUCAUGGUUCAGCAAGUAUUCCGCCAUAUGAUGGAUGGGCCGAAGAUGAAACUUGCUAUGGUGAGACAAAAGAAUAUGUAUAUCCAAAUAAUCGCCCAGCAAUCAAUUGGUAUCAUGAUCACGCACUUCAUAUCACAGCUAAGAAUGCUUAUCUUGGUCUUGCUGGUUUGCAUUUGGUAAGUUCAAAAGUAAAAAAUGGUGGAUGUGGUGAACCGUGGAAUUUAGAAGAUAUUGAAGAAAAACAUAUUAUUCUACAAGAUAAAGUACUUGAUUCUAAUUGCCAAUUAUUUAUUGAUACAUUAGACAUACAUGAAAAAAGUCUAUAUGGUGAUAUUAAUAUGAUGUCUGGAAUACCGUUCCCUCUAAUGUGUCUUGAACCAAAAUGGUAUCGUUUUAGAAUUCUAAAUGGUGCAGUAUCUCGUCCAUUUUUGUUAAAAAUAAAAAAUAAUGCACUUCAAGAUGUCUCACAACAAAUCUGCAAAAUUUUUGGAACUGAUGGAGGAUUUAGAGAUACACCUGUAACAUUUCCUACAACAGGAUUAUUAAUCGGUAUUGCUGAAAGAUAUGAUGUUGUAUGUGAUUUUAGAGCAUUAAAAAAUCAAAUUCUGUAUAUGUGGAACCAUAAAGACGAUACUUUCAUGAAAGAUGUACCAUACUUUUGCUAUAGUCAUUUACUUGCAAAACUUCAAAUAUCUGCAACAACUUCUGGUUCAUCGCCAGAAUUUCAAGAAAACAUGCCAAAUCCAGUACCAGAAAAGCCAAUAAAACGAGUCUUAAAUAAUUCGGAUAUUAACAUAGCAAUUAACAUGGCAAAUCAAGGUCAAUUUCAUAGAAGAAUGGUUUUUGGUAGAAGCAAUGGACAUUGGGUAAUUAAUGGUGAAACUUGGGACACAUUCAAAAUUGCUGCUGAAAAUAUUGGACAGAAUACAUGGGAACUUUGGUUAUAUGAAACCGGUGGUGGAUGGUUUCAUCCUGUACAUAUGCAUCUUGUUGAUUUUUAUAUUAUUAAACGUGAUGGUGACAAUGGAUUAAGAAGUUAUGAAGUCUUGUCACCAAAAGAUGUAUUAUAUUUAGGUGCAGGAAAUAAGCUUUGGGUAAUAGCAAGAUUUGGUGCUCAUAAAGGUGAUUAUAUGUUUCAUUGCCAUAAUCUUAUUCAUGAAGAUGAUGAUAUGAUGAGAGCAAUGCGUAUUAUUGAUAGUCAAAAUGGGCUCACUGCUUCAACAGCACAACCAUUUAUUCUUAAUGGUUUUGCAAAUAUUGUUUACAGCAAUUGGAAAUAUAAUAAUCCAAUGUUGACUGAGACUUCUGCAAAACCCACAAAUCAAAUGCCAACAUUUAACACAGUUUAUAUUCAAGACAUGUUGUGUAAAAAUAUUUAUAGAAUAUUCUAUCCAAAUUCUACUGAUGAAGCUUUAAAUGGUUUCCCAAAUCCUUGGAGAUCUACUUGGUGUCCAACAUAG